AUGCGACCACUCUCGACAAUUUCGACUGCUGCGCUUUCACCAUGGAAGAGACUAUUACGCAUCUUCGGGUCUCGACCAGAUCAGAAUCUAUCUCUCCUUCCCAUUAGAACUCUUGCCCAAGUUCGAUCAGAAUCAUUGUCGGAACUCUGGUUUACAGCAGCCGUGCCUGCAGGCUCGACGCCACGGACUCAAGCGCAACAAGAACUUGGUGCUGGACCAUUCGUCCGCUUGGAUGGCAUCAAUGGUGGAAGGUCGCCUGGAGGUGACCAGAAGCCGCCUGACGAGCGGACGAUGAAAUUGGGAAAGACACUACGAACGUUGUCCCCACUUCUACCGAACAUUCUCACGACCCAACUGCCUCCCGAGAUCGUCUCUCCCUACGUGACCCUACAUCUCUUUCCCUCCACUCAUCCACACUUACCAGUUGUAAAGGGCAAGAUACCAUACCGAGCUGCUCUUUGGACAGCACCCGUGGCUUGGGGUUGUGUUCCAGUCGUGGGCAAUGUGAAGCUGGAAAUUCUGAGCGAGAAGAUGGUCCGCUCGGGCUAUAUUACUGCACCUUCGCAUGUUGAGGCACACUGUGGUGGUCUUAGAGAGGAAAAGCUCGUGGUACGAUGGAGGACAGAGCCGCGCAGGCAUGGCAAUGGUAAAGGCCAUGCAGUGCAGUCAGCCACAUCGGAAUCUAGCGCAGUCGACAAUGGAGGAAUUAAUAGAGGUCUAAGCACAUUACUCGGAGGCGAUAGACCUCUAUUUGGUGGGGAUGCUGGGUCGAACACAUUCACUGGCUUGUUUGUAUUCUCCUUCGACUCUGAAGGACGUAUCGCGAACCACACCAUCGAACACGCUGACGAGGCUGGUGGCUUUGACAAGACGAGCAAAGUCGUGACGCUUGCAGAUUGGCUACUGGGCAAAGCUCGUUGGCGUGGGCUUAGAGAAGAGGAUGCUCUGCCUGUUCCUGGGCUAGCAUAUAGGAUGAAGGUCUGUAGGGACGAGAUAAGAAAGCAAGACCGAUGGGGAAGGAGACACUAG